AUGAGCGAAGCUACGCCAUGCACACCCGGGGGCGAUGGGAAGCGGUGCGACGAGGGAGGCCUUUCCCAUGGCAUGCAGCAAUCAGCUGUGGCGGCUCCCAGUGCAACCGUCACCUGGGGAGAUCGUCAAUCGCGUAUCUUUGCCAUGACGGAGACAAUCGACGAGCAACUGAGUAGGGUGCGCCGAGAGAGAGACAGUGACCCGAUCAAGACCGAACGUAUGAUGAGACGGGGCAAGCUACUAGUCCGUUUCGCGAGGGAGGGUCGACUGCGGGACAUGGACCAAGUCUCGAGUAGCUGUCCUCGUGGGGAAAUACUCGCGUGGUUCACGGUGCGAAUGUUCAAGGAGGCGUGCACGCACAACCGCUUGCAAACGAUGAGAUUCAUGGUCGAUCAUGGUCUUGAUGUCGAAUUCCACGCCGUUCUGGAGGCCGUGCACUGGUUGGUCGACGGGUGCGACGAAGAGCAAGACGGAAUGGACGUUGUUCCGGCGAUCGAUUUCCUGGUGACGGAGGCGGGCAUGCCCCCGGAUGUGCAGAGAGGGCUCUUCGAGGCAGCUCGGCGGCUGAUCGAGCUUGGAGCAGACGUCAACGCCGUCGCAAAGAUGGCUCCCCUAGGCAAUGCCAAGGGCGACGUGAUGCCUCUGACUCUCGCGGAAGAACCGGCAGAAACGAACGGGUUUCGCGCAACCGACGACACCUCGCCCGAAGCCCGUGACGACGUCGGCACCGAAGGGCAGGCGGCCGAGAUCGCGGCGGGAGCGUCAGCAGUGAACGGCUACUACUACCUCACCCGCAACAACGGUGCCCGGGACGAGCAGGGGGUGAGAGAGGAGGAGCACGACGUAGAGAGGAUGUCACUGGCCGCCGAGAGGGGACGACAGUGCGGGGAUGAGACGUCGCACGUCGGCGGCAGCGGCGGCGGCGGCGGCGGCGGCGGCGGCGGUGGUGCACGCUCGCCUUCUCCGUCGUCCCGUUCCCUGUGUCGCCGCCGCUGGUCGCGGGUGACGGCGAGCCGUGCGCGUAUUUGCGGGAUUCUGGUGGAAAGGGGGGCCAGGAGGGGCUGGAGGAGGGCCCCGAGCGAGGAGCAGGUUGCGCUGGACAAGAAGUACGCCGUGCUGCUGGAAGGCGACGACGGCCGCAACUUUUGCACGUUCAGCGGCUGA